AUGGGAAUGCAACAUCUGAGAGCGAGGGCAGUAUCUAAACAGCAUCCAGGCAGCAUCCAGGCAACAUCCCGGCAGCAUCCAGGCAACAUCCCGGCAGCAUCCAGGCAACAUCCAGGCAACAUCCCGGCAACAUCCCGGCAGCAUCCAGGCAACAUCCAGGCAACAUCCCGGCAACAUCCAGGCAGCAUCCAGGCAGCAUCCAGGCAACAUCCCGGCAACAUCCAGGCAGCAUCCCGGCAGCAUCCCGGCAGCAUCCAGGCAAUAUUGCGGCAACAUCCAGGCAGCAUCCCGGCAGCAUCCCGGCAACAUCCCGGCAGCAUCCAGGCAACAUCCCGGCAGCAUCCAGGCAACAUCCCGGCAGCAUCCCGGCAGCAUCCCGGCAGCAUCCAGGCAAUACCCCGGCAGCAUCCCGGCAGCAUCCCGGCAACAUCCAGGCAACAUCCCGGCAGCAUCCCGGCAGCAUCCCGGCAGCAUCCAGGCAACAUCCCGGCAGCAUCCCGGCAACAUCCAGGCAACAUCCCGGCAGCAUCCCGGCAGCAUCCAGGCAACAUCCCGGCAACAUCCCGGCAGCAUCCCGGCAGCAUCCCGGCAGCAUCCAGGCAACAUCCCGGCAGCAUCCCGGCAACAUCCAGGCAACAUCCCGGCAGCAUCCCGGCAGCAUCCAGGCAACAUCCCGGCAACAUCCCGGCAGCAUCCAGGCAACAUCCAGGCAACAUCCCGGCAGCAUCCCGGCAACAUCCCGGCAGCAUCCCGGCAGCAUCCAGGAAACAUCCCGGCAGCAUCCAGGCAACAUCCAGGCAACAUCCCAGCAGCAUCCAGGCAACAUCCCGGCAACAUCCCGGCAGCAUCCAGGCAACAUCCCGGCAGCAUCCAGGCAACAUCCCGGCAGCAUCCAGGCAACAUCCCGGCAGCAUCCCGGCAACAUCCCGGCAGCAUCCAGGCAGCAUCCCGGCAACAUCCAAGCAACAUCCCGGCAACAUCCCGGCAGCAUCCCAGCAGCAUCCAGGCAGCAUCCAGGCAACAUCCCGGCAGCAUCCAGGCAGCAUCCAGGCAACAUCCCGGCAACAUCCCGGCAGCAUCCAGGCACCAUCCCGGCAGCAUCCAGGCAACAUCCCGGCAGCAUCCAGGCAACAUCCCGGCAGCAUCCAGGCAGCAUCCCGGCAGCAUCCGGGCAACAUCCCGGCAGCAUCCAGGCAACAUCCCAGCAGCAUCCAGGCAACAUCCCGGCAACAUUCCAGCAACAUCCCGGCAGCAUCACGGCAACAUCAAGGCCACAUCCAGGCAACAUUCCGGCAGCUUCCCCUCAGCAUCCCGGCAACAUCCCGGCAGCAUCCCGGCAGCAUCCCGGCAGCAUCCAGGCAACAUCCCGGCAGCAUCCAGGCAACAUCCAGGCAACAUCCCGGCAGCAUCCAGGCAGCAUCCAGGCAACAUCCCGGCAACAUCCCGGCAGCAUCCAGGCAACAUCCCGGCAGCAUCCAGGCAACAUCCCGGCAGCAUCCAGGCAACAUCCCGGCAGCAUCCAGGCAACAUCCCGGCAGCAUCCAGGCAACAUCCCGGCAGCAUCCAGGCAGCAUCCCGGCAACAUCCAGGCAACAUCCCGGCAACAUCCCGGCAACAUCCCCCCAGCAUCCAGGCAACAUCCCGGCAGCAUCCAGGCAGCAUCCAGGCAACAUCCCGGCAGCAUCCAGGCAGCAUCCAGGCAACAUCCCGGCAACAUCCCGGCAGCAUCCAGGCACCAUCCCGGCAGCAUCCAGGCAACAUCCCGGCUGCAUCCAGGCAACAUCCCGGCCGCAUCCAGGCAGCAUCCCGGCAGCAUCCAGGCAACAUCCCGGCAGCAUCCAGGCAACAUCCCAGCAGCAUCCCAGCAACAUCCCGGCAGCAUCACGGCAACAUCCCGGCAACAUCCAGCAUCCAGGCAGCAUCCCGGCAACAUUCCGGCAGCAUCCCGGCAACAUCCCGGCAGCAUCCCGGCAGCAUCCAGGCAACAUCCCGGCAGCAUCACGGCAACAUCCAGGCAACAUCCCGGCAGCAUCCAGGCAGCAUCCAGGCAACAUCCCAGUAGCAUCCAGGCAACAUCCCAGCAGCAUCCAGGCAACAUCCCGGCAACAUCACAGCAACAUCCCGGCAGCAUCCAGGCAACAUCCCGGCAACAUCCUGGCAACAUCCAGGCAGCAUCCAGGCAACAUCCCGGCAACAUCCCGGCAGCAUCCAGGCAACAUCCCGGCAACAUCCCGGCAACAUCCAGGCAGCAUCCAGGCAACAUCCCGGCAACAUCCCGGCAACAUCCAGGCAGCAUCCAGGCAACAUCCCGGCAACAUCCAGGCAACAUCCCGGCAGCAUCCAGCCAACAUCCCGGCAUCAUCCCAGCAACAUCCAGGCAACAUCCCGGCAGCAUCCAGGCAACAUCCCGGCAGCAUCCCGGCAGCAUCCAGGCAACAUCCCGGCAGCAUCCAGGCAACAUCCAGGCAACAUCCCGGCAGCAUCCAGGCAGCAUCCAGGCAACAUCCCGGCAACAUCCCGGCAGCAUCCAGGCAACAUCCCGGCAUCAUCCAGGCAUCAUCCCGGCAGCAUCCAGGCAACAUCCCGGCAGCAUCCAGGCAACAUCCCGGCAGCAUCCAGGCAACAUCCCGGCAGCAUCCAGGCAGCAUCCCGGCAACAUCCAGGCAACAUCCCGGCAACAUCCCGGCAACAUCCCAACAGCAUCCAGGCAACAUCCCGGCAGCAUCCAGGCAGCAUCCAGGCAACAUCCCGGCAGCAUCCAGGCAGCAUCCAGGCAACAUCCCGGCAACAUCCCGGCAGCAUCCAGGCACCAUCCCGGCAGCAUCCAGGCAACAUCCCGGCUGCAUCCAGGCAACAUCCCGGCCGCAUCCAGGCAGCAUCCCGGCAGCAUCCAGGCAACAUCCCGGCAGCAUCCAGGCAACAUCCCAGCAGCAUCCCAGCAACAUCCCGGCAGCAUCACGGCAACAUCCCGGCAACAUCCAGGUAACAUCCCGGCAGCAUCCAGGCAACAUCCCGGCAACAUCCCGGCAGCAUCCAGGCAGCAUCCCGGCAACAUCCCGGCAGCAUCCCGGCAACAUCCCGGCAGCAUCCCGGCAGCAUCCAGGCAACAUCCCGGCAGCAUCACGGCAACAUCCAGGCAACAUCCCGGCAGCAUCCAGGCAGCAUCCAGGCAACAUCCAGGCAACAUCCCAGCAGCAUCCAGGCAACAUCCCGGCAACAUCACAGCAACAUCCCGGCAGCAUCCAGGCAACAUCCCGGCAACAUCCAGGCAACAUCCAGGCAGCAUCCAGGCAACAUCCCGGCAACAUCCCGGCAGCAUCCAGGCAACAUCCCGGCAACAUCCUGGCAACAUCCAGGCAGCAUCCAGGCAACAUCCCGGCAACAUCCCGGCAGCAUCCAGGCAACAUCCCGGCAACAUCCCGGCAACAUCCAGGCAGCAUCCAGGCAACAUCCCGGCAACAUCCCGGCAACAUCCAGGCAGCAUCCAGGCAACAUCCCGGCAACAUCCAGGCAACAUCCCGGCAGCAUCCCGGCAUCAUCCCAGCAACAUCCAGGCAACAUCCCGGCAGCAUCCAGGCAACAUCCCGGCAACAUCCAGGCAACAUCCCGGCAACAUCCAGGCAACAUCCCGGCAGCAUCACGGCAACAUCCCGGCAGCAUCCAGGCAACAUUACCGCAACAUCCAGGCAACAUCCCGGCAGCAUCCAGCCAACAUCCCGGCAGCAUCCCAGCAACAUCCCGGCAACAUCCAGGCAACAUCCCGGCAGCAUCCAGGCAAUAUCCCGGCAACAUCCAGGCAACAUCCCGGCAACAUCCAGGCAACAUCCCGGCAACAUCCCGGCAACAUCCCGGCAGCAUCCCAGCAGCAUCCCGGCAGCAUCCAGGCAACAUCCCGGCAACAUCCCGGCAACAUCCCAGCAUCAUCCCAGCAGCAUCCCGGCAGCAUCCCGGGAACAUCCCAGCAACAUCCCAGCAGCAUCCCGGCAACAUCCCAGCAACAUCCCGGCAACAUCCCGGCAGCAUUCCAGCAGCAUCCCGGCAGCAUCCAGGCAACAUCCCAGCAACAUCCCGGCAACAUCCCGGCAACAUCCCGGCAGCAUCCCAGCAACAUCCCGGCAGCAUCCCGGCAACAUCCCAGCAACAUCCCGGCAACAUCCCGGCAACAUCCAGGCAACAACCCGGCAACAUCCAGGCAACAUCCUGGCAACAUCCCGGCAACAUCCCGGCAGCAUCCAAGCAGCAUCCCGGCAGCAUCCCGGCAGCAUCCCGGCAACAUCCCAGCAACAUCCCGGCAACAUCCCGGCAGCAAGAUGUGUUACAAUGCUAGCUUCCUGCUGCCAGUUGAUGAUUCGUAUCCGAUGCAUUUUAUACGAUUACAUGGACAAGAAAGGUACAUCACGACAUUUGAUCUAUUCAGAGAUUACUGACAAGUUCCUCCUUUCUAACGAAGCCAAGGAUUUUUCAGCGUAUCAAGAAACUGCUUUCUUCAUGUAUGUGUUGGCCAGCCCUGGCUGCAACCGGCCCUUCAUGCUAGAAGUUGACGCGUCGGAAGUUGGUGCGGGAGUGGUAUUGUUACAGUAA